GGUACCUCUUUUCCACCAAUGCUAACCAGGUGCUGGUUCUGGGCUGGUGCUUAUGCCAGUUCGGUGCUGGUUCUACUCGCCAAUUAUCUAAGAACCAGCUCGAUUUUCCACAGACUAGAGCCAGAGUAGGGCUACGUCACAACGUCACUGCAUGCACCUCCGUUGUCAUGGCAACGCGUCAUGACAAUCACAACAAUGGAGGACUACAUACCGAUACUUUUGCUCCUGGCUUUACAAAUUUACACCGGAAUUCAAAGACGUGCCUUGACAGCUCUUCGUGACCGCUAUGGACAGAGGAUACGUUCAAGAAGAAAGAUUGUUUUAUGGCUGAGGGCAAGGCGGAGGAGGACACAUGUUGUUUGGGCAUACCACCGCUCACACUACUGGUGGGACACAGUUGUGCCAGAUUUCACCCCAACACAGUUUGUUCAAAACUUUCGAAUGUCCCGGGAGUCUUUGGAAUACUUAUGCGAUCAGGUCAGGCAUCUCAUGGGCAGAAGGAACACAAACUACCGUAUGUCUGUUCCAGUGAAAAAACGCGUUGCAAUUGCUCUCUGGAAGCUGGCUACCGGCAUUGAGUAUAGGACCAUUAGCCACCUUUUUGGGGUAGGUCUAAGCACAGUGUUCAACUGUGUUCAAGAUUUCUGCGACUCUGUCAUAAGGGUCUUGCUCCCUAUACACAUCACCACUCCAGAUGCUGCUAAGCUGGUUGAAAUUGCCACCUUCUUCCUUAACCGCUGGAGAAUCCCACAGUGUGUUGGUGCAAUAGAUGGAAGCCACAUCCCGAUCAUUGCACCCGAGGAGUAUCCCUGUGACUAUUUCAACAGGAAAGGGUGGCACUCGAUUAUAUUGCAAGGAGUUGUGGAUGGCAGAGGCCUGUUUUGGGAUGUGUGUGUGGGCUAUGCAGGGAGUGUGCAUGACGCAAGAGUGCUAAGACAAUCACAUUUAUGGGAGCAACUAAGUGAUGGGGAAUUAUUUGGACAAAACAAAAGGAUCAUCUCUGGCAUUAAUGUUGGACACUACCUAGCUUUGUGAAGAGCAUGGUGACAAUUUCAUUGUGGAGCACGUGGACAGGGAGUCAAACCUUCAACCUCCAGGUCAGGCAUUACCUGAGCAUGGUGAGCCAGAAGGGGCAGAUAUUAGAGCAGCCUUAAUAAACUAUUUCAGUAGAGAGGAGUGAUUGUUUUUACAGUAAUUGUUGUACAUCAUUACUGCCAGUUUCUACCUACCUGUUUCUACCCGUUUCCUUCAACAUUAUCUCUAAAAUGCAUCUGACAGAAAAAAGGCAUUCAAAAUACAUAUUUCAUGGUGUUAAUUUGAUUACACUUUGUCUAUUUGCGCCUGUAUAUUUCUUCUAAAUGCACCAAAAGUUGGCAGUAGUAAAUGCCUUAUUUGCAUAUUUAGACAUGAGAAAUUUCAGAAAACUUGUAAUACAAAAAAAGAAUUGUCUUAAUGUCAUUAAUCAACUGGGGAGGUUUCAUGUGUUCAAUGUUUUUACCUGUUUUGUGUAACAUGUAUCUGUUGAUUAUCCCUGUCAUUUUGGAUAGGUAGUUAAUGUGGAAUACAUUCAUCAAAUUGUAUCUUUUAACUGGUUGUGCCUGUGUGUGUUGUGCCAAAUGAGGUGUGUUUGCACGGCACGUUAACAUAUUUAAAACUGUUGUUUUUCUACAUAUUUUCUAUUAAUAUCCAGUCUGGUAUAGUAUUAUCCGACUUGUUGGAAUAGAGAAGGUUGAGAAUGUUGUUAAAUAUAAAAACAUUUGUUUAUUGGCAUAAACAAUCAAAUA